GGGCACAUGAGUGCCUCUCCACCACCGCCCGCCAGCCGGGACCCCGGGGCCAUGCAGUCCCCCCGCAUAGCGGGGAGGAAGCGAGGGCGGCCCCCGCUCCAGCCGUCACCCAUCAAGGUGGCUGUGCACAACCUCUUCUCCGCACCGGCUGGGGCUCUGCCGCUCGUGAAGAUCCCAAAGAAGAGAGGGAGGAAGCCCGGGCACAAGCUGAAGUCUCGUGUUCUGAUGACUCCCUUAGCAAUCUCUCCGCCGAGAAGCACGCCGGAGCCUGAUGUUAGCUCGAUCCCCCAGGACGCAGCGACCAUCCCCAACUCUACUGCCCCGCAGGCUCUCACAGCCUGCAUUUACGUCAACAAGCAAGCCAAUCUGGGGCCCUACCUCGACCGAAAAAAAGUGCAGCAACUGCCGGAGCACUUUGGGCCCGAGAGGCCUUCCACGGUCCUGCAGCAGGCUGUCCAGGCUUGUAUCGACUGUGCCCUCCAGCAGAAGGCCGUCUUCUCGCUCAUCAAGCAGGGCUAUGGAGGAGAGAUGGUGUCAGUCUCAGCUUCUUUUGAGGGGAAGCAGCAUCUCCUGAGCCUGCUGGCAGUGAACAGCAUCGGGUACGUCCUGCGCUUCCUGAAGAAGCUCUGUCGCAGCCUCCUGUGUGACAACCUCUUCAGCAACCAGCCUUCCCAGCAGUACAGCACCGCGCCAGAAACCCCGGAGAUGUAUGAGAACAGACGGAUGGAGGCAGAAACGGUCAUACCUGAGGAUUACCUGGUCGAUCCUGUGCACAUGAAGCAGUACAGCGUGGAUCCUGCCGACUCUGCCUUCAGUUGCAUGGGCUCCAUGUAUGCCACGCGGCAGAGUCCUGCAGAUGGACGUCCUGCUGGAGGCUCCUCUUCCUCCUGUAGCCAUCGUCCCACCCAGACGUCUUCAGGGGGGUCCUCCUCCACUGGCCUGCGGCACCAGAUCUCCAGCCCAACAAGGAACGGGACCUACCCUGAAGGAAACAGAAGUGCCUCAAGUCCUUCACCAGAACGACAAGACUCGGCUCGGCCAUCAAGCAAGAAUCCUUUGACCUGGACUGUGGAUGACGUGGUUUGGUUCGUGAAGGACGCAGACCCUCAUGCUUUAGGUCCCCACGUGGAGCUCUUCAGAAAACACGAGAUUGAUGGCAAUGCUUUGUUGCUGCUGAAAAGUGACAUGAUCAUGAAAUACCUGGGGCUGAAACUGGGACCUGCGCUGAAACUGUGCUACCACAUUGAUAAGCUCAAGCAAACCAAGUUCUAACAAUUUCUUGAACAACAGCAGAACCUGACCUAAAUCUAGACAGAAAACUAAAGGUAACAUGCUGCCUUACAGAAAUGCAUUCUUUUGCAGAUUGUUUUCCCCUCUUUUUUAACAAAGACUUUGCCUUUUUUAACAUUUGUGCAUCUUCACAAUUUUUUUAAUCCAAUGGGAGCUUUUGGGCUGUUUGUGUUAAUAAUUUGCCAAAAAAGUAUAUACUUAUUUUGUACCAUUGAUAUUAUUAUGAUUAUAGUAAGUCCUAUUUUUGUAAUCAGAAGUGGGAAAUCAAAAGCAAACACAGCGACGGUGUAUGCUGAGGACUGCUGGCAGACAAACCGAGGUUCCUGCACCUGCUGCAGGGCCACCGCUGGGUGCCAGCUCCACCGCCGGUGCUCAAGGCUUUGGGGAAAGGGUGGCCUUUGGUCCUCUGUCUUCUGAUGGGAAUGACCCUGUGUCUUGCACUAUCAUCUGGAAAACUUGAAUUCUGCAGUUUGAAAAUGAAAAAAAAAAAAAAAAAAGGAAAGAA